GCAUCAACAGUCCAGUCUCCCGCUCGCCGUGUACACUGUACAGCUGUGUGGCGGUUUAAUUCGUUUUUCCUUCCACAAUGCCAUAAUCCCCGGCUUGCCAUCUUAGCGCUCCUUGCGCCACCCACUUUUUCGCCAUCUCCCCAGUAACGCGCCGCUGGAUUUCCAAGUUGCGAGUUUUGCAUAAUUACCCUGCGUGUGCGGUGUACAACUCGUACUGUUGUGUGGAGCGUUGCAAAAGAAAGUCGUCUGAACAUUGUCUAUAAAGUCGUUCUGUGAGCCGGCGCGCGUGCUUAAGUGUCGUUCUCAUCAAACUUCCUGCCGCUGGAGCUGCCAGUACAAUUGCUCUUUCAUUGCUUCUUGCAUCAUGCUGUUGUUUUGCCCACAACGCCAACAUCCCGGCAUUGGAUACAUGUGCGGCAUUUGUGCCUUGUCGUGUGUAUUUAUUUUUGAUUACUUAUGCGUUGGUAUAUGUCGGACAAUCCCUUGACGACCGGCAGCAAAUGCCAACCGCGGCAUACAUAUUAUAUUAUAUAGAAAUAUUGCGGUAUAUAUACGCUACCGCACUUCCGACUUUACCCUUAAUUAUCCCACAAUCUGCUUAACCAUACAGCCGCAUUUAUUCAGUCUUUCAAAAAUUUUUGACACUUUUACAGCCCAAUUAUUUAUAUGUGUUUCGUGUCUUGCACAGGCAGUAUAAUGCAAACAUAUGUGACGCAACACUGUCAACCCUGACAAGUGCCAUAUAAUCAUUGUUUCGCGUAAUACGAUGUGUUUACGCGACCGGCUGCAACGUAAUCCUGGACACACAAUAUAUCUGGGCACCGGUUAAUGACUUGAUGAGUGUAUGAUGCGCUGUACUUGUCGAAUAACGUCCUAAAUACCAAAUGAUCCUCCGUAAACGACUCAUCUGGGACCGGUACGCCGAUGCCGGCACAAACUGGCAACGGACAUGUAAUUUGCCGCAUUACGCCAUCCUGAUGGUGGUGAUGACGGUGUGUUGCUGGCUGCCGGCAUCUUCACGCGGCGACAAUGGAAAAAUCUCCAGCUCCACAAUAUCGCUACCACCGGAUGAUAAUGUGAAUUACCCCGCCAUGUGCGGGAGCCUGUUUGAUGAUGCCCAGCAGAAUGUCAGCGGUUUCUUCCAUACACCGUGGCUGGACCGGUCAUUUUGUUCCUAUCCGCAGCGCAUUCAUUCCGCGCUAGACGAUCCACUGCAGGAAUGCGUGCCGACCAAUGCCAGUAUUCUGGAGGAUUUUUUAUUUAUGUGUGAUGUAACACCCGGACGCCGAUCGCGGGCUAACUACCGGCGCUGGCGACUGCCGUUCUGCGCUGACUACUCCGUGGAGCGCAUAUUCGGCAAUUACGAUGAUUGUCUCUUCAAGGAAGACCGAGCAAACUGCCGGAAGUGCGUAGAGAAUGUCUAUAACAUUGAUCAGUAUGCCAAGUUCGUUUAUUGCCACUUUGUCAAAGAUAUUCUGGCGCGUUUCGACUGCGAGACGCCGUUUUCUGUGAAAUGGAAUUGCAGCCACUGCCAGCUUGCGUACCGGCAAUGGUUAUGCGCGAUGAUGAUCCCUUUUCGAAUGGGUGACUACUUAAUCCAGCCAUGCACUACUUUUUGCACUAAUGUGGAGCAACGUUGCCCAUACUUGACACCGGAUGACAAAAUCAUUUAUGCCGGCGAACCUGCAUUUUUCUGUAAAGAUCCGGAUAUUCCUGAAUUAUAUUCAGCCUAUGCGGAGCCACCACACUGUUACCAACCUUGCCACCUGAUUAACGAAAAAACAACAAACAUGACGAAGGAAGCAACGGAUGCUUCGUUAUGUGAUGAACAUGAACUUCUGAUGGAUCAGUUAGCAGAGUAUUACAAUAUGUCCAGACGAAAGUCGUCCGGAUGCGGUCGCUCCUCAUUCUCAAGCAUUUUGUUCACUGUUGCAAUGUCUGUGAUACUGUACGGUAUUCCAAGUUUAUUUUCCAAAGGAUGGAACUUUUGUGAUGCUUAAGUUUAUAAUAUGUAUGUAUACUUGCGUGCGCUUUGCUUGGUCAUUUGAUCAGUCAGUGGAUUAGCACAGGAAGAUGAUUACGGUACAGAUGAUCCUCGAUUCAGGAUCGCUCCUGCUUUACCUGCCGUGCAGCCUAUCUAUCAUAAGUUGUGUUGCGGGGCCAAGGUAUUUUUUGCAUGUGCCGGUAGAGAGAAAACUUAAGUUCUUGGACGUUGCGAUUCCACUUCAUAUCUCUGUCUCCCAUUUAUAUAGAUAUACAUAAUACACAUUACACAUACGGUAGUUGUCGCUAUCUUCAUGUGUUGCUUCAGCGUCAGCUACGUGCUGCACGUACGUACGUGCUGCUGCUGCUGCUGUACGUGCAGCUAAGCAUGCACAAAAUUUUUAUCUAAUUCGCUCCGGCUGGAGACGAGCAAUUAGUAGUUUAAUUACCUGUUUGAUUUCCGGUCAUCUAGUUGAAACACACAAUACGAGGCUGAUAAA